AACGCAGCAUACUAAAAACUGAAAACCCACCAGGAAACAGAAACCAACAGAAAAUGGAAAGCUUGCCAAGCUUUAAGCGCUCUCUCCCUCCCACCAUCACUAUGCGCCUGUUUGUUUCUCUUAAAUUAUGAAAAUCUAGAUUCUGAAUUGUAGAAGUUUUUCCAAGUGGAUUGCAGAUUGUACUAUAAUUCAGUUCUGAAUCUGAAUUGUAGAACACAAUCCAUAAUCCAUAAUCCCAAACAAACAGGCCCUUCUAUCUCUCUCUUUCCAAUGGACCGGGGUUCGACAGGGGCUGGGCGGCCAUGGGCGGCGGCGCCCGCGGCAGAGGAGCGGCCGCUGAAGGUGGUGUUUGGUUCCCCGGCAGAGAACUUCACGGACGCGGCGCCGAUCGGGAACGGCAGCCUCGGCGCGAUGGUCUGGGGCGGCGUCGGCUCGGAGAAGCUCCAGCUCAACCAUGACACUCUAUGGACCGGUGCGCCUGGAGACUACACUGAUAUCAAUGCACCCACUGCCCUUGCAGUGGUCAGGAAGCUCGUUGAUGAAGGACGGUUUGUUGAAGCCACUGCUGCAGCCUCGGGCCUUACCGAUGGCCUGAACGAGGUCUACCAACCACUUGGAGACAUAAACAUAGAGUUCGAAACAUCCAAUCAGGAGUGCAGUUGCUACAAAAGAGAGCUUGAUUUACAUACUGCAACUGUGUACAUCACGUACAAUGUUGGAGCAGUUCAGUACACCAGAGAGCACUUCUGCUCAAAUCCACACCAAGUCUUUGUCACCAAGAUCUCUGCAAACAAAUCAGGGCAUGUAUCCUUCACAUUAUCCUUGAACAGUCAAUUAAACCACAAUGUACAUUUAGUUAACGCAAACGAGAUGAUCAUGGAAGGUACCUGCCCUGAACGAAGACCCACACUGCAGAAAAAUGGAACCGAUGAUGCUACUGGCAUCAAGUUUGCAGCUGUCCUCAGCUUGCAGAUGGGUGGUGCUGGGGCAAAAGCAGCAGUUCUGAAUGGUCAAAAGUUGAGAAUCGAUAAUGCAGACUGGGUUGUUUUGCUUAUUACAGCUUCUUCCUCUUUCGAUGGACCUUUUGUGAGUCCUUCAGACUCAAAAGUUGAUCCAGUAUCAGCAGCUCUGGAAACGUUGAAGAUAAGCACGAAUGUCACAUUUUCAGAGCUGGAAGCUGCUCAUUUAAAAGAUUAUCAGGGUCUCUUUCACCGUGUCACAUUACAAUUAUCACAUUCAUCAACCUUUGAAAAGAGAAGCCUGAAAGAAGUUGGUGAAGCCAUGAAAACAACAGCAGAAAGAGUGAAUAGUUUUCGAAGCGAUGAGGAUCCUUCUUUGGUUGAACUUUUAUUUCAAUAUGGUCGCUAUCUUCUCAUUUCCUGCUCUCGGCCUGGAACACAGGUAUCUAACCUGCAAGGAAUAUGGAACCAAGAUAUCACACCUGCAUGGGAGGCUGCUCCUACCCUGAACAUAAAUCUUCAGAUGAAUUACUGGCCAACACUUCCCUGCAACCUUAGUGAAUGCCAAGAACCACUAUUUGACUUCAUGGCAUCCCUUGCAGUUAAUGGAGCUAAAACAGCGAAAAUCAAUUACCAAGCAAGUGGCUGGGUAACUCACCACAAAUCAGACAUAUGGGCAAAAUCAUCAGCAUCUACUGGAAAUCCACAGUGGGCUGUGUGGCCAAUGGGGGGCGCUUGGCUUUGUACGCACCUUUGGGAACACUACCAGUAUUCAUUGGACAAAGAGUUUUUGGAGAAUGCAUAUCCAUUGCUGGAAGGAUGCGCUCUGUUUCUGGUUGAUUGGUUGAUUGAGGGGCCUCGAGGGUAUUUGGAAACAAACCCCUCUACUUCUCCAGAGCAUUCUUUCAUCGCUCCUGGUACUGGUGGUCAGCUUGCUAGUGUGAGCUAUUCUUCUACGAUGGACAUAUCAAUCAUCCGUGAGAUUUUCCUGGCAGUUAUUUCCUCAGCAGAGGUUUUAGGAAAAUCUGAUACCAUUCUUGUUGAGAGGAUCAAGCAAGCACUCCCAAGGCUCCCUCCAAUUAUUAUUGCUAAAGAUCACACAAUCAUGGAGUGGGCACAAGAUUUUGAGGACCCAGAUGUCCAUCAUAGGCAUCAGUCGCAUCUCUUCGGUCUUUACCCUGGUCAUACAAUAACCAUGGAGAAAAAUCCUGAGGUUUGCCAAGCUGCUGCCAAUAGCCUUAAAAAACGAGGGGAAGAUGGCCCUGGAUGGUCACUUACGUGGAAGAUGGCUUUGUGGGCACGUCUCAUGAACUGCGAAAAUGCAUAUAGAAUGAUACUAAAGUUGAUCAAUCUGAUUCCUCCUAGUGAAACAUUUGGCGUUAAUGGUGGACUGUAUACCAACUUGUGGACAGCGCACCCGCCUUUCCAGAUCGAUGCAAACUUCGGAUUCACGGCUGCAAUAGCUGAAAUGCUGCUUCAGAGCACCCUCACAGACCUCUACCUGCUGCCCGCGCUCCCACGCAAUAAGUGGCCCAGGGGCUGUAUAAAAGGGUUAAGAGCUCGGGGCGAUGUGACCGUGAACAUCUGCUGGGAGGAAGGGGAGCUCCAGGAAGCAUUGCUGUGGUCCGGCAGAGGGGAUUCGGUUGUAAAGCUGCAUUAUGGCGUUCAAGUUACAAUGUUCAGCGUUUCAGGUGGAAACGCGUACAAGUUCAAUGGGCGUCUACAGUGCAUUGAGACAUGGCCCCUGGAAAAAUAAAUAUCUCGGAGUUAUUUGCGGACAUCUCUAUGAAUCGGUAUGUGGUUUGCAAAAUUUCCUUCGGUUGAAAUAAAGGUUACUUGUAUGACAAUGUGAAGUGUUGCAGUUAUGAGCUGUGUUUCCAUUGCUGCUAAUGAUUGGUGUAUGGUUUAAUAGUUUCAUCCAUAUUGAAAUGAAGGUUGCUUGUAUGAGAAUGUUUAUUGUUGCAUUUUGUAUUUGUAUUUGUAUUUGCAUUGCUACUACCACCAGAAACGA